UUUAGACCCUGGCAGAAAACGCGAGCUAGCAACACUGAAUCGACGGGGCUGCACCAAGCCCAGAGCAGCCACAGAGCCAUGAUCCCGUAGCACAGGGCUCGCACACGAUGCAGGGAAUGCUCUCUCAGUCGCUUGGGUUGUUGAUGUAUUUACUAACUGCGAUGCUGCUCUGAUAUGUCAGCCUGGAUGCCCCGGGGUCCCUCAGGCGCCUGCGUUCCAGCCCUGGGGACUCCAGCUCCGCUCCACGGGCCGGGGUUAACCAUGAAUCGCAGCUAAGCUGUCCAAAGGGAUCCGCGCUGCCGCCAACGUGAGUGCUCGGCGCCGGUGGAAGAUUAAUCAGCCACUCGAUGGGGAUUAACAGUGGAGCACCUCUUUGUGUCGCCUUUCCACCUCUGUGUAGCAAGACUAACACCUUCAGCACUUCUUCAAUAAUAAUUAUGAAACUGGUAUUAACUGAAUGGCAAUUAUGGAUUUUUAACUCUAACUCUCAGUAAACCAGCAAAGCCAUAUGUUGAAAUUCCUACCAAAUAGCUUUUUGUUCUUGAGGUCUCGUAUCUAUCCAAGAAGCUGCAAGAUACUUGUUUGUACAAGAGGAAUAUAAGCGUUACUUGCCUGAGGAACAGAGGCUGAAAGAGAAGACACCCUAACUUGUUUGUGCAGUUAUGGUAGUAUUAUUUAUAUAGAUAUAACAAAUAUAUAUAUAUAUUUUUAUGGUAAUGAAUAUGGCUCCCCAGAAUGCUGACUCGGAAUCUAUGCAAGUUCAAGAUCUACCUGUGGUACAGCUUCAGAAACCAGAAAACAAGGAGAAUGAAAGUAGGGAGGAGACCAUUAGUGAAGGCUCCAUAGACCGGAUACCGAUACGCCUGUGGGUGAUGCACGGUGCAGUAAUGUUUGGCAGGGAAUUCUGUUAUGCCAUGGAGACAGCUUUGGUAACACCUGUAUUGUUACAAAUUGGUCUUCCUGAACAAUACUACAGCCUCACGUGGUUCCUUAGCCCCAUCCUGGGCUUGAUCUUCACUCCGCUUAUAGGUUCAGCCAGUGACCGCUGCACACUGAGCUGGGGCCGCCGGCGGCCUUUCAUUCUUGCUCUCUGCAUUGGUGUCCUCUUUGGAGUUUCACUUUUCCUCAAUGGUUCUGUUAUAGGUCUGGCUAUUGGUGAUGUCCCGGAUAAACAGCCCAUUGGAAUAGUUCUCACAGUGCUUGGUGUUGUGGUGUUGGACUUCUGCGCCGAUGCAACAGAAGGGCCAAUUCGGGCCUACUUGUUGGAUGUGGUGGACAGUGAAGAACAAGACAUGGCCCUUAACAUCCAUGCGUUUUCAGCUGGUCUUGGAGGAGCAAUUGGUUAUAUGUUAGGAGGGCUGGACUGGACACAGACCUUCUUGGGUGAUAUUUUUAAGUCUCAAGAGCAAGUCCUUUUCUUCUUCGCAGCCAUUAUUUUCUCUGUCUCUGUUGCUCUCCACCUUUUUAGCAUUGAAGAAGAGCAAUAUAACCCUCAGCAGGACAGGAUUGAUGAAGAAGGAGACACCCUUUCCAGUGUCAAACUCAGCGGUAGUCUUGCCCCUGUGAACCGUCUGAAUGUAAUAAGUGAGGAAGAGCCGUAUGGAACCUCCAUGUUCCACGAUGAGGUUCAGUCAGAGCAUGACCUCAGUAUGGAGUUCCUCGAGGUGAACAUUGUGAGAAGCAAGAGUGACUCGGUUCUACACAUGCCCGAUGCUACAUUGGAAAUUGAAUCAGAGCUGCUUUUUCUGCAUGACAUUGAACCCUCCAUUUUUCAGGAUGGUUCCUACCCAAACACUCCCCACAACACAAGCCAAGAGACCAUGAAGUCCAAACUCAACCACCUCUCUGCUUUCCUCAGGGACAAUGAGAAAGAGGAGGACAUGUUGCUUGAUAAUUGCCUAAACGAAGAUAAAGUCCCAAACAUCAAUGGCUCCCUACCAAAAGAGUUCCUCAACGGCCACGCUAGGAUAGGCAUGAAGCAGUCCAGCACUUCGAACUCCAUGCGGCGGCGGCGGCACAUGUUCUACCGUCAGCCAUCCUACACCUUCUCCUACUAUGGCAAGAUAGGCUCCCACCGCUAUCGCUUCCGUCGCGCCAACGCCAUCGUGUUGAUCAAGUCCUCACGCAGCAUGAACGAUAUCUACGACAUGCAGAGGUGGCAGCGACAGAGGUGCAGACACAGGAAUCAGAGCGGCACGACGAAUUCAAGUGGAGACACAGAGAGUGAGGAGGGGGAGACCGAAACCACUGUCAGGCUCUUGUGGUUGUCCACGCUAAAGAUGCCAAAGGAGCUGCUGAGACUGUGCGUCUGUCACCUCUUAACUUGGUUUUCCAUCAUUGCUGAAGCUGUGUUCUAUACGGAUUUCAUGGGACAGGUCAUCUUUCAGGGGGAUCCAAAGGCCCCUUCUAACUCAACUGAGUUACAUGCCUACAAUGCUGGAGUUCAGAUGGGAUGCUGGGGACUGGUCAUUUAUGCUGCUACUGCUGCUGUAUGUUCAGCCUUGUUGCAGAAAUACUUGGACAACUACGACCUUAGUAUAAAAGUGAUCUACAUCCUGGGCACGCUGGGUUUCUGUGUUGGCACUGCAGUGAUGGCUAUAUUCCCCAAUGUGUACGUCACCAUGAUAAUGAUCAGCACUAUGGGAAUAGUCUCCAUGAGUAUCUCCUACUGCCCCUAUGCACUUCUCGGACAAUACCAUGAUAUUAAACAGUACAUCCACCACAGCCCCGGGAACUCCAAGCGCGGCUUCGGCAUAGACUGCGCCAUUCUGUCCUGUCAGGUUUACAUCUCCCAGAUCCUCGUGGCCUCCGCGCUCGGUGGCGUGGUGGACGCGGUCGGCACCGUCAGGGUCAUUCCCGUGGUGGCUUCGGUGGGAUCCUUCCUGGGCUUUUUGACAGCCACCUUCUUGGUGAUUUACCCUGAAGUCAAUGAGGAGCCAAAGGAAGAGCAGAAGGGACUUGAUCCUCCAAAGCCAACCGAGGCCAACGGCACGAGCACCGCGAAGCCGCCCGUGCUGAAGCUCACACGCAAAGGAGGGCCUGCGGCAGGGCUGGAGGGCGAGUCAGCCGUGUGAGGCCACCGCUGCUCCUUCACCACAUUCCAGGGAGUUGCAGGUGCAGGACUUGGGGUCGGGUUUUUCUUUUCCAGGAGAACAGAUUCGGAUCUUCACUACUUGUAGCUGAAAACGAAAAGGCAGUUUUGUGCAAACGUGUAAAUGAAAUCCUGUAGUCCUUCAUCUAGGUUUGAAGCCGUAGCCGUGGCGCCGAUUGCUUUCUCUCCAGCUUAGAAACGUCAUCUCUGAACACUUUUUUAUUAAGGAUACAUUUAGAUUUCGAGUAAGUUUUAUUAACCUGCAUGAGACUCACAGUGUAUACAGUUAGCUGUUAGAAAAAAUGAAGUUUUCAGCUGUUUUUAACUGAAAAUGGAAGCUCUCUCAACUUAGUCUCUUGCUACCUUUCCUUGUCUGACCAUUUCAGGUUUCACUCGUGUAACAGCUCAAUCAAAACGCUU